AAGACAGUCCAGAAGUGCAUCUUAUUCGGAUGACAUUAAACUAACUAGGCACGCUAUGAAACAGCCUUUAACGUGUCUUACUUGUAUUAUCUUUGUCACAGGCGUAAACCUGUUGACUAAAACGACAAGCUCUAAUCGUCUGUUUUCCUUUCCCAACAGCAUCUACCAGUCUCCUAGAACCAUUAACAUUAAUCCUUACCCAGGGCGCUUUGUUGGAAAAGGCCGUGUACGUCAACCGCGUGACGGAAGAGACGUGGAACUAGAGUGUAACUUUGCUGGAUUAAAUGUUAAACUUGUGUCUAAUGUUGUUUGGGAGAAGAUUGAAGGACCUUACUUCUUUGUUGACGCUUCAUUCCCUUAUCAUUGCCCCAGCUGCUCCGUUCAUUAUGUCAACAACUACCGAUGCAGCGUGCUAAACUUCCGCGACGGAUCCUUUCUUCACAUCAGCGAUGUUUCACCUGAAGAUAUCGGUAUCUAUCGCUGUAGUGGCACCUCGCAACUGUCUCGUUCAGGACUUGCUGAGACUGUUUAUCAGAUUGUUGAAUGUUUUUAAGUGUAAACCAAAAAGCUGAAUGAGCUUUUUGCAUUGAUUCCAUGGGAAUGAAAGAGAACUUUAAAAUAAACGGAUAAAAUUUUAUUAAAAUAAAGCAAGUAAAAGAAAAUUGGUUACUCUCCAUCAGCAGUGGUUUUACGUGUGUGUGGAUAUAUAUAUAUAUAUACACACACACAGAGAUAUAUGUUAUGGUUAUGGAAUAUUCAUAUAUAUGGAAUGAAACAGAAUAGGUGACACUAUAGGGAAUACAGUUAUAAAGCCAGAGACCCAUAACUAAAAUAUCAUCGUAAUUUAAUUUAGUAACAUAACCGUUAACUAUAUGCAGGUAUCUUUUUAUGUUUUUUUUAUAAAAACUAUAGAAAAGCGCGGGAACAAAAGAAGCGUGUUCUAAUUAUUGGCGUAGUAAAUGAAAUAUUUUUUCCUCAGUCUGUAGUAGAUUUAGGCCAGUGGCAAUCAGUAUUUUGUUUUAACAAACUAGAGAUUCUAUUACUAUUACAAAGUUAAGCUAAAGCUAUUGAUUAAAAUUUAGACUCUUUAUUGGAUAUUUGUACUUUAGUAUUUUAGA